AAUUGUCACAUGUCAGUCAGAAACGGGUGUCAUAAAAACGAAUGCAAACACAGGUAAUGAAGAAAUGAAGCAAGAAACAAAUGAUACAAUCAAUCGAAACGUUGCCAAAGAAAACCAGGUGGUGUUAACAGAUGUCAAAGACCUCCCGUCGAUUGACCUGGAACUCCUUGACCAAAUACAGAAAGAACUCCAACUUACUUAUACUGCUCAAGUAGCAGAGACUGUCCAGCAAAUGGAAGAAAACGCAUGGGAAAGUGUAACUGAAACUUUGAUUCAGUGCGAUACAAAAGGUGUAGCUCAAGAAGAACAGAUAGAAGUGGAUGAAGCGAAUGUCGAAACAUCAAUUUUAGUGAAGAAUAAAAACAAAAAUGAAAAGUCAGAUGUUAAUGCUAAUGAUCCCAAGAAGCCCAUACCUUCAGAAACUCCAAAAACUGAAGGACUCCUUAACUUCGAUACACCCCUCACCUCUAAAGAAGAAAGCGCAGCCGUAAAAAUCCAGUCAGUGUUUCGCGGAUUUAAGACCAGAAAGCAGUACACGAUGACGAAGAUUAACGACAGACAUCUGGUUCAUUCACAGAUUAACCGAAACACUGAAAAUAAUGCAGACUAUGAGCAUGCACAAAAUUUCACAAAGACAGUUGUGGACGAAGCUGGGAUGGAGACGAGAGAAGACGAUCACACAGGUCAAGUGGAUUAUUUAGAACACGAAAUAUUCCCGCACAAAGUUAAGGAUCUGGAAGUGACGUUAGGAAAAGAUCAACGAAUUAAAAUCCAUAAAGAAGAUACACAUUCGGAGUCUACCAGUGAAAAUCUAAGAUUUGGUAAAAAGUUCGAGUAUAAGAACCAGUUGAAGCUGAAGACUGAGGAAAAAGAAUUUGAUAAAGCUGAAGAAGAAAUUGCGUUUUGUGGUUACAAAGUUGGCCGUGAAAUGCAACCCGAACAUUGCUGCAUUAAAAAUGUUCACGCUGCUGACACCUGGAAAAACGAAAAUAAAGAAGAAAGUAUAUUAAUUAAUCAAAUGCAAAAUUUAGAAGCAGCAACAAACCAAUCUAACGAUAAAGAUAAAAAUGAUAAAGUUACUUCAAAACUAGUGAAAACAAAAGAUCUUCGAAUAGAAAACGAGUAUAAAAAUGAUUCAUAUAAUUUAUAUAUUACGCCAGAACAGAAAAUCAUUGAAUGCUUCGGGAUGGAAGGCAAAGAGGAUGGAGUUUGUUCGAUGGAAGGGUUAUUCAGAGCUGAACCAAUUAAAAUAUUCAAUUUUGAUGAAACUGGUCUCGAAGCAAAAGGACUUCUAUCCCUUGGAACUCAGGAUUGUAAAGGAAAUGAUUUACAGGUAGAUAAUGAACAACUAAGGAUCUCGACAGGAAACAAAGAACCGUCUGCGCCAUCAUUUAAUUUGUAAAAGGCUCGAGAAGAGCUACAUGAAGAAAAUAAUAUAUUUGAAAACGUUAGUACUGAGCAUUCUGAGAAAUAAUUAUCAAAUCUGUUUUUACACUGUUUACUUUCAGUGGGGUCGUAUAUUCAAUCACACUGAAUAACUUUGUUUUUAAUUAGUGGAUGGAAUUACUCGUUUUCUGUGUAAAAUACAUGGGAAACAACAGCGAUAAUUAAUGGGGAAAUUGUAAUAUGUAUGGGAUUUUGUGUUUACGUUUUUUUGGUACAUGAUUACUUUACGAAAAUGCAUUUAAAAAGCCGUUGAGAAAUUAUCGAGGUAAACAUCAGAGCACCAAUGUUAUGAAAUACAUUUUUUAAAAAAGAGAAGUACAAGUUUUAGUACGAUUCUGUAAGAACAUUCAGAAGGUUGGAUGUUGUUUCAGCUACAACAGACAUCCUCUGCUGAGACCUUCUUUCCAAGAAAGCAUAUCCAACAUAAACUCAAUGGCCGAUGCUACGGAAUUGGCUGAGCCAGUGAAUUAUUUGGAUGAGAUGACAGUAAAUAAAAAUUUCUAAGUGAAGAUCCAGUUUAUUGAAUAGUUCAAUAGACAUCUGAAGCAAAUUCGAAACAGAGUUUCGCUGU